AUGUCCUUCCAUUCUGGCGGGCUGUUGAUGUCGUAUCACCAGCCAUCCUAUACUGGAUCUUAUAAAUCGACCAAAACAAGUCCCAAGGACGGGGAAGAUAAUUCCGCUCCCAUCAAUCAGAAUAGCACGCCAACAAGCCCAGUCAACAAUCAGUUAAGUCAGCACAGUCAAACUCGCAAACGGCUUGUCUUCCAAGACCCUGUAGCUUUUCGCUAUCUAGAAGAAGACCCAGCCACGGACGCCAUAGAACGAUGGAGAAGACUACAGGGUUACGAAAUGUAUGUGGUGGAACAGUGGGCAUGUUCUCGAACUCAUCCGACAUUUGUUAUAUGCACCUAUACUGGAGAUCCGUUGCAUUCCAUCCUGGUCAAUGUUUUGUCGGUGCCUAGCGAUGAAAGUAAUUGGUCUCCUCGAUUGCAGAUUUACUUCCAAGCAGUAUCUCAAUUUCAUGCCAAGGAGAUGGAGACCCCAUUAGGUACCCUCAUGGUCACCAAUCUCAGCAGUUUUCCUUCGGCAUUGACCGUCAUUGCGGUUCCAGACGGUGAUGUAAAGAAGCACAGAAACGAAUUCAUGGUGAAUGAAAACCUGAAACGCAUGGGAUGCUCAGGAAGAGCUGCCAUCAAUCUGCAACCACCUCAGCCGAGCGCCAUCGCCAAAUUUCAUCACUUGUAUAAAACAAGUGAGGCAGUACCUGUCUAUCAGUCGGUCAUGGAACUCGUCCGCACGUGUCAGACUGCGUUGGUCAUGUAUGAUAAGCUUCAACCAACCUAUGCUGAUGGCCUGCUCUGUGACGUGACUGAAAAAGCCGUUCAGGAUUGGUGGACCGACAUCGGUACUUAUUUCUACAAUGUGCAGCCCAGCGACGGUCUUGGGCCGACUACGGUGGCGGCUAUUCUGGGAUUACUGAUUGGAGCUUACAACAGACUCAGGGCGUUUGGUUCACCGGUUGGAAAGGAUGUGUUAGAUACAGUUUCCAUGAAACGAGCAAUAGGCCACUUCCAAAAAGGUCAAAAAAUGGAAAGAUCUCGGAGGCUUGACCGAGAGACAUUGGAUCGCCUCCACAGGGCAACCGCCAGAAGUGCUGCGGGAGAAGGAUGGACUGUGCCAAAAGCAGUCAAAUCGACAGUGGCAGAGCUCAGCGGGAAAGGCGGAGAGAUGGUGAUGGGAUUCGUGGGAGCUCGAGACAAAGCAGGGAUUGCAGAUGCCGAAACCAUGGACAUUGAAAGACUAUCGCGGUUGGUGACUGGCCCCAAGAUGAAGUGGCUCUGGCAGGGCAAACCGGUAAAGUCAUCAGACAUGUUCGCUACGCCAAUCGAGGAUUCCAAUGAUCGAAUCUUCAGCACUGAUGAUCAGGGGAAUUUUCUCUGGACUGCAAGCCAUCACGACUCGAUUUCUGACGGCGGAGCGCUGGAGCGCACUGACACAAUGGUCACUAACCAAACGCAGGAUGGCAAGGGUGGCCGAGGGCGCAUUCGAGACGCGGUGCCAGGGCUGAGGACUCACAAUCACCGCCAUCCACGAGAAGGUGAGGAGACGCCAGACUGGAUAGAAAGUGCCACGACAGCUGGUACCAAGUCGGCCAAAGAGCCACACACCGCUCGCGACCAUACUCUGCGUCCGGCAAUGAGUCGACCUCCCACAGAAGUGAUGGCGCUCAAUAUGACACUGAAAAUGGCAGCACCUUCGUCACCCAAGCAGUCAGGAAAGUUAGUUGCCUCGAUCAACGCCCCAGAGAAGGAUGCUAAACCGAUCGUCUCUCACCGCGAAGCCCUCCGACCUGCGCUUCAAGCUGAAUCACCCAGGAAGAAAAAACUCAACGCCGACCUAGCCGACAUACGCAACGAAUUCAAAGCGGACAUCUACCGCAAUUUCUCGGCCGAACUACCAUAUAGAGGCAUGCAGAGUCGGGCGCUACGACGAUCUCAAAGCGCAGUUCAACUCCAGAUGCACGCGGCGGAUGAUCCUCGCAAAGAACGAAUCAAUCGACAGCUGUCGUUCAGCCUGCUUGAGAACGCGGUGCUUGACCUUGGGGAGCCGGUGAUAGACGACGGGUUCGAGCGUGGCCCAAUCGAAGGUGAUCUGACCAACGCCCUCGCUCAACGCGAAGCAGCAAUGGCAGCAGCACAGAAGAAGGCAAGACGAAUACAAGCGGUCCAGCAAGGACUUGUCCCCUUCACGGAAAGCACCGUGGCACACGUCGAAGGCCUGGAACAUCUCGCCCAAGAGCAUCUGGAGCAGCUCAAUGAAAUGUACUAUGGGCGACUGGAGGAAUACCAGUCCCUGUCGGCUACCUCGUCGGAUCUGGUUUCCCAGGAGAAGGCGGGAUUAUCGGAGAGCUUUCGACGCAUUGAAAUGCUAGGCGCCAAGUUGGAUUAUGAGUUAGGAUCGGUGCAGUCUCGGCUGCAGGAGGUGGAGGAUGGAGUGGACGAUUUUGAGCGAAACGUGCUGGCCAUCGAGGCUAAGGUCAAGGAACUCAUUGGCGAUGAACGCGGUCAAUCUGUGUCCUGGUAUCAACGCUUAUUAACGUCGAUCGGAUCGCUGAAGUGA